UCAGAGCUGCAGCCCGAUCUAAAGUCAGAGCCGCAGCUCGAUGUACAGUCGGAGCAGAAGCUCGAUCUACAGUCAGAGCUGCAGCCCAAUCUAUAGUCAGAGCCGCAGCUCGAUGUACAUACGGAGCAGAAGCUCGAUCUACAGUCAGAGCUGCAGCCCGAUCUAAAGUCAGAGCCGCAGCUCGAUGUACAGUCGGAGCAGAAGCUCGAUCUACAGUCAGAGACGCAGCUCGAUCUACAGACUUGCAGCUGGAGCCGCGGUUGAAGCAGGCCCUUGAACAACAUCAUCAGGAACAGCAGUAUUCACCUACAAAUGCCACCACCAUGCCUUAUUCACUGCAGUUUGUUGAAGUAAAUAAUUAUAUGAGUAUCGAUGAUGAGAUACUUUUCUCAACGUUUGAUCUCGAAUAUUAUAAUGGAGUAUCAAAAAUGCCUGUUGGAAUUAGUAUAGAUGAAACCAACGAAUAUGAUGAGAUAUUGAAGUCACUCCCUACACCAUCCGCUUCGGAGCCAUGCUCAUUAUCGAAGUCUGAAUCUUGUCCAAAUCUCUCCGUCCCAAUAACACCUUCAUAUAUAACACCAGCAUUAUCCUCCCCGAUUUUAUAUAACGCACUAACAAACCCCCGUAAGCCAAUAUUAAAGUCAAUAAUCCCAGUAAACAUUCCUCUUCCUUUUAAUAAAAAAUAAUUUCUAUCAAAACCAGUAACAAAAACCUCUCCUAUAAAUAUUCCUCUUCCUAAUAAUAAAAAAGAAUUAUUGAUAGCCGGCUGCUCACCUAUAAGCAGUUCAUCCAAUUUUUCAGACGAUGAAAAUGAGGAGAAAUUUUUGAAAAACAAAACAAUCCUAAAAAACAAAUCCCUGCCCUUAUACCUAUUCCCAUUGUAAGUCCAUCUUAUGAAAUUCCUAAAAAACGUAGCAGAGUGUCAACAAACUCAUAAUCUUCGUCGUCGUCGUCGUCAUCGUCGUCGAGGUCAUCGUCGUCUUCAACAAAAUCAUCAUCAUCAUCAUCAUCACGAAGGGCAAUUGAAGCCAUAAAAAAUGAUAUGGCCGAAUUCAUAAAAUUUUAAAAGAAAAGUUUAUCUGUGUGUGUGCGUGUGUAAAGAUUUAAUUAAAUAAUUUUAUAAUUUUUGAAGUUGUCAUUUAAGUUUAUAUCAUUUUUCUACUAAAGUGCCAUAUUAAUUAAAUAAGUUAUUUAG